AUGGGCUUGGAUGAUUUCAUCCUGUUGUGUUUUGUCGUUGCUUCACAGACGAUGGCGGAUGACACGGAGGAUGUUGAGCUGGACUUUGCUGCUGACGAGCAGGAGAGGGCGCGUAGAUGCGCAGUCAUAAGACACCCCCUCGCCUCCUUUUUCCACCUGUUCUUCCGGGUGGUUGCCAUUAUUGCCUAUUUAGUCUUUGACUGGAUCAGCGAGAACUUUGCAUCAUGUUUUGUCCUGAUCAUCACUCUGCUCUCCUUUGACUUCUGGUCUGUCAAGAAUGUGACUGGCAGGCUGCUGGUCGGCCUGCGUUGGUGGAAUCAGAUCGACGAGGAUGGAAAGAGCCUCUGGGUGUUUGAGGCCAAAAAAGCCGCCCUGGGCGAUAACAUUGGGACAGAGGCAGAGGCAAGGAUAUUUUGGCUGGGUCUCAUCAUUUGUCCUCUCAUAUGGACAUUCUUCUUCUUCACCUCCCUCUUCUCCCUGAAGAUUAAAUGGCUGUCACUUGUGGUUGCUAGUAUUUCCCUCCAAGUGGCUAAUCUCUAUGGUUACCUACGCUGCAAGGCAGUAGGAGAGGAUGGCCAGCCUGCAGACACCCGCUCUUUCUCAGGGCAGCACCUCCUGCAGCGUCCGGACAUCAUCUUUGGAAUACUAUGAAGCUUACCUCCUCCUUCACAGCCAC